AUGUUACAAAGUAAAAUGUCUCCAAAUACAAUUUAUAUUGCAUUAUAUCAAAAUAGAAAUGGGUUACAAGAUCGCCUUCGUGAAAAAUGUGGAUUUCAAAAACCACUUAUUAAAAAUGACAUGGAUGAAUUAAAAGAAUUCGUAGAUUCUGUAACAUCUAAUACUGACGAAGAGACCGAAAAAACCUUAUUCAAUGUACAAAUUCCAUUUUCUGAGUAUUCUGACAUUUUACCUUGUGCUACUCGUUACAAGAGAAAUCAAAGUACAAGAUUGUAUACUGUAUUAAAACCAUAUGCAUGGACAGAUGUAAUUAACGAUGCUUUUAUUAGCCAACAUAAAUUACCAUGUAAUUUUAUUUAUAAAAGAGCAAGAGUGAGUGAUGAUACCUCGAACAGCAAACAUUUUUUUACAUUUCAAGCCAGAUGCAAAGACUGUGAGGAAGAUUUAUUUGGUUGGUGUGAUAAAAAACCGAAAGAUUUUGAACCAAUGGAGUUAAGCAUAUUAGUAAUUGAUACUCGAGGUAGAGAACAUAUACACACUACAAAAAGACCACUCAUGGGAACAAAAAGACUCAAAAUAAGCAAAGAGUUGGAAAAUAAUAUUCCUUCAAAUUGGAAAAGGCAAAAUACUCAAAACAUGGAAUUUGGAAACAUGUCCCUUCCAACACUAUAUAGGAAUAAUAUUUUGAGUAAAGUCAAGCAAGAAUUUGUCGAUAAACAGUUGGGAAUAAACAAAAGCGAUGUCAUUGAAUCUUUGGUUGACAUUAAACAUAAUUCGCAGGCGGGAAGCAUACAUAGUAUUGGGUGUGAUCCACUGUUUGUUCAUUAUUGGACCAAUCACCAGUUGCUAAUUUACAAAGAUAUGAACAAAUCCUACUGUCGACUUACCAUUGAUGCUACAGGAAGCCUUGUGAAAAAAAUCCAUCGCACAAGUGUAAAUUUGUUAUCUGCUGAUAUAUUUCUGUAUGAAGCAGUAAUAAAUGAAGGUUUUGGACAAUUUCCUGUAGCACAAAUGAUAUCCGAAAAACACGACAUCAUAACUAUUGCUUAUUGGCUUGAUAUGUGGUUAAAAUCAGGAUUAAGUACACCAAACGAAACAAUCACUGACUACUCUAAAGCACUAUUGGGAGCAAUUAGCCGUUCAUUUUGUAUGUCAAAUCUCCGAGAAUAUGUAAUAAAGUGCUUUAUGGUAAUAAAUAAUCAAUCUAAUGAUUUGCCACCUUGUUUUAUUAGGAUAGAUGUGGCACAUAUUAUAAAACUUUUUUGUAGUUUAAAAUCUCUAAAAGGUACAAGAAAUAAGAGACUUAAAGAGUUUUAUGUAAGAGGAUUUCGUCUUUUAAUAACGUCGACCAAUUUUGACGAUUUUAAAACAAUAUUAAAAGCAAUGAUGACAGUAAUGCUGAGUAUGACUGAUGGUUGGCAAGACGGAAAUAAUACCUUACCAAAUCCCUCUGAAAAAUGCAGACUUUAUUUAUUGUCUUUAAUGAAAGAUAUUCCUAUAAGUGUAGGCAAUGUAGAUGAAAAUCAAAGUUUUAGUGAAGACAAGGACUUGGAUUACUUGUAUGAUUGCGAGGAGAGUAUAACUAACAAUAAAGAUGUACUUAUUAAUUUUAUUAACAAUAUUGAAAGAGAAAGUCAAAUUGAUGCUGAAGUUCUAGGAGAUCGCGAUUCGGCUUAUUAUGUUCCCGAAUUAAUAAAGGACUUAAAACGGUAUUGUUAUGAUUUUCCCUUAUGGACGGCUAUAAUGAAAGACAAAUUCGAUUCACCGUUCAUAAUAGCCAGUAGUGCUUCAGUUGAAAGUGAUUUUAAUGAACUGAAAAAUCAAAUAUUACGUUUUGUCGUACGCCCAAUGACUGCUGACCGCUUUAUUAUUCGACAUUUGCAUAGUAUUGAACAAAACGCAAAACUUUUUCGAAGUAAACAACUGAGGAGAAAUCACCUUAGUUAUACAAUGGAUGAAUGUAAUAAUGAUUAUAAUGAACUCGACAAUAAUUCAUUAGAAAUUAAUAAAUCAACUGUUGAAAUUACAUAUAAUAUAUUAACUGAUAACGAGGACUCAACCAAGAUUUGUUCAUCACCGUUAGCAAAUGAACUCAGUGACACAAAAAGUAAUAACUCUACCGAUAAUGAAUGUGAUAUAUGGCGUGGAAAAGGCACUAAUCCAACAGAAAGUUUCAGCAUUGAAAAUAUUGUCAAACCUAAAAACAGACCAACUGACAAUGAGGACUCAACCAAGAUUUGUUCAUCACCGUUAGCAAAUGAACUCAGUGACACAAAUAGUGAUAACUCUACCGAUAAUGAAUGUGAAAAAUGGCGUGGAAAAGGCACUAAUCUAACAGAAAGUUUCAGCAUUGAAAAUAUUGACAAACCUAAAAACAGACCAACUGACAAUGAGGACUCAACCAAGAUUUGUUCAUCACCGUUAGCAAAUGAACUCAGUGACACAAAUAGUGAUAACUCUACCGAUAAUGAAUGUGAAAAAUGGCGUGGAAAAGGCACUAAUCCAACAGCAAGUUUCAGCAUUAAAAAUAUUGACAAACCUAAAAACAGACCAACUAAAUAUAUGGACGCAUCACCUGAGAUUGAAAGAAUUAUGAACAGAAGUACUCGUUCGAAAUAUGAUAUGCUGCUAAUCAAUGGUAGUAUGAAAACGCCUAUUAAAAUGAACAAAAAACGUUAUUUAAUAUCAAAUACAUGUGCGUUUGAUUCUGUUACUACCCUCAUUACGAUGGCAAUAACUGAUAGUAAAUAUUACAAAGAGUUUAUAGACAAAAACACGACUAAUGUAUUUAUGACGUUUUGUAAUGAUCUGGCAAAAAAUGGUACGAGUGCAAUAAUUUAUAAAAAACGCUUGGAAAUAUUAAAAAAUAUAUUUAAGGAAGAAGUGGGUAUAACAGGUGUUACUUUAAUAGAUGCUCAAUGCAAUGUAAUGCAUAUAGUAACGCGACUCUUAAUGGAUAUUCCAUCAGCCACUCAAAUUAAUAUAUGCCAGGAUAAUAUGUGUGCCACAACGAGUGAAAAUAAAUCAGCCACUAUAAUAUUGAGACGCUCAAAUGGAUAUGAAAAUCUUCAGUUAGAUUUAGAAGUCUACACAAAAGGACAUAUCUUGAAAUGCGCAAAUUGUGAAAGUGGUCUAGCUCAAUGCACGAGGGUACUUCAUGAACAUCUUUUUAUUGAAACUGACUCCUAUGAAGAAUUAGUUUUUUUAACAGAUUUUCCAUCUCAAAUAACAGUAGAAGAUAAAUGGUAA